AUGGAAGUAGACUACAGUACUACAUGUGAUGAAAAGAUCCCGAUUUGGAAAUCAAUGGCUUCUAAAGGAAGAGUUCAAGAGGCUAUUGAUCAGAUGCUUGCCUUAGAAAAACAAACACGAACGGGAGCUGACAUGGCUUCAACUGCAAGAAUUUUAGUAGCAAUUGUUCAAAUUUGUUAUGAAGCUAAAAAUUGGUCUGCCCUCAAUGACCAAAUCAUUCUUCUGUCAAAAAGGAGAUCUCAACUCAAACAAGCUGUAGUAAAAAUGGUCCAAGAGUGUUGUACUUAUGUUGACAAGACACCAGAUAAAGAGACAAAAAUAAAACUGAUCGAGACCCUGAGGUCCAUUACUGAAGGUAAAAUUUAUGUUGAAGUGGAAAGAGCUAGGCUUACUCAUAUCCUAGCAAAGAUGAGGGAGGAAGAAGGUAAUGAGGCAGAAGCUGCCAAGAUCAUUCAAGAAUUGCAAGUAGAGACAUAUGGCUCUAUGGAUAAAAGGGAAAAGGUUGAGUUAAUUCUUGAGCAAAUGAGAUUAUGUCUGGCAAUUAAAGAUUAUGUCCGCACUCAAAUUAUUUCAAAGAAAAUUAAUACUAAGUUCUUUGAGGAAGAUGACACUCAGGAACUGAAAGAAAAAUUCUAUCGUCUAAUGAUAGCAGUGGACCAGCACAAUGGGUCAUAUCUCUCAGUGUGCCGUCACUUCCGUGCGCUAGGCCAAUCAGCCGGCUCAGACUCAUUGAUUGGCAGCAUUGUAUUCUUAAUAUUGGCACCUUAUGACAAUGAACAGGCUGAUUUGACGCACAGAGUGAAUGAAGAUAAAGAGUUGGAUAAGCAACCUGACUAUAAACAGCUGUUAGGUCUAUUCAUAAAUCCAGAAAUCAUAAGAUGGAACACUCUUUGCUCCACAUAUGAGAAAAUGCUGCGUGCCACACCAUACUUCGACUCGAGCGACGAGAAGGGACAAGAGCGAUGGAAUGACCUAAAAAAUAGAGUUGUCGAACAUAAUAUUCGUAUAAUGUCAAUGUAUUACACCCGUAUUACAUUGAAGCGAAUGAGUGAACUUCUGGGGCUAAGUGAGACCGAAACUGAAGAGGCGCUCAGUCAGUUGGUAGUCAGCAGUGUUGUACGAGCUAAAAUCGAUCGCCCGGCUGGUGUUGUACAUUUCAGUUUGAACAUGGACGCUUCGGACCGCCUCAACGAAUGGUCAACCAACUUAAACUCCUUGAUGCAACUCGUGAACAAGACGACGCAUCUUAUUAACAAAGAGGAAUGUGUGCAUAAACAUCUUUUAGCGACUGCAGAAUAA